AAAAUUUAAUACGUCAACAAUAAACAUACCUAAACAUGUACAAAUUCUCCUAUAUUAUUUGGUAUAAUGUCAUCUUCCCAUUAUUGCGUACGUUAAUACGAUUGCAUUCGAUUAUAUAACACCGGGACUUAACUACUUAAACUACUUAAUUAUAUUUUUACACCGUUUGUAUAUUUGAUAUUGCUAAUGUAUUCAUUUCCUAUCAUCAAAAAUGUCUUUAAGAUUUAGAAUUAUUCAGCUAAAGCGCAACAAAUUCGCCAAAAUUAGUAUUGGUACUUUUAUUAUCUUACUAUUAUUAUUGGCUUUAUAUAAACGUUCAGAAAAUAUACAAAACUCACAUGAAUCAACGUUUCCCAAACAUUCUAGAUUUUCAAAUCAGGUACCAAUUUACCGUGAUCAAAUCCUUGGUAAUUUUGAGUAUUCUACUUCAACUAAUAGACCGGGUCCUGGAGAAAAAGGUAAAGCUCAUCAUGUUCCGAGUGACAGAGAAAAUGAAGCUUURCAGUCUCUAUCCGAAUAUGGCAUGAAUAUGGCUUGCUCAGACGAUAUCUCUCUAAAUAGAUCAAUUCCAGAUCAUCGCGAAGAGGAGUGUAAAUAUUGGACUUAUCCAGAAAAAUUACCACGUACUAGUGUAAUAAUAGUAUUUCAUAAUGAAGGUUGGUCUUCUUUAUUGAGAACUGUACAUAGUAUUCUCAAUAGAACUCCACCUCAAUUUUUGGAAGAAAUUCUUUUGGUUGACGACUUUAGUAAUAAAGAAAAUUUAAAAAAGAAACUAGAAUAUUAUAUUGAAAAGUUUAAUGGCAAAGUAAGACUAAUUAGAAAUUCUGAACGUGAAGGACUGAUUAGAACUCGAUCAAAGGGUGCUUCAAAUGCUAGGGGGGAAGUAAUUUUAUUCUUAGAUGCUCAUUGCGAAGUUGGAUACAAUUGGUUACCACCAUUAAUUGCACCAAUUGCCCGAGAUAGAAAAAUUAUGACAGUACCUGUGAUUGAUGGAAUUGAUCAUAAUACUUGGGAGUAUCGUCCAGUUUACGAAAAAGAUCAUUUAUUCCGUGGUAUAUUUGAAUGGGGUAUGCUCUAUAAAGAAAUUGAAAUACCUGCUCAAGAAGAACGAAAACGAAUUUACAAAAGUGAACCUUAUAAGUCCCCAACUCACGCAGGUGGUCUUUUUGCCAUAGAUAGAAAUUAUUUUCUAGAACUCGGAGCAUAUGAUCCAGGGUUACUUGUUUGGGGAGGAGAAAAUUUUGAAUUGUCAUUCAAAGUUUGGCAGUGUGGUGGUAGUAUUGAAUGGGUCCCUUGUUCCAGAGUUGGACAUGUUUACCGUGGAUUUAUGCCAUAUAAUUUUGGUGAACUUGGCAAAAAGGUUAAAGGACCUUUGAUUACUUAUAAUUACAAACGUGUGAUUGAGACAUGGUUUGACAAUAAACACAAAGAAUUCUUUUAUACUCGAGAACCGUUAGCACGCUACUUAGACAUGGGUGAUAUAUCCAAACAAUUAGAAUUGAARGAUAAACUACAAUGCAAAGAUUUCUCAUGGUUCAUGAAAAACGUUGCAUAUGAUGUGUAUACAAAGUUUCCUGAACUUCCUCCAAAUCUAUACUGGGGAGAAUUAAAAAAUGUCGGCAAAAUGACUUACUAA